AUGGAGUACGUCGAGAAGAGAGUGGCCCAGGAAGCGGCCAAGGGCGCCGAAGCUACCAACUCCCUCUUCACGCCGCUCAACCUGAUGCUGCUCAGCCUCUUCCUGUACACAGUCUACUCGUUCGUCAAGCCGCAGGCGCCCGCCGCGCUGCCCAAGGAAGAGCCUGCCGUCGUGUUCAAGACGUUUACGCCGCGGACGCUGCUGCCCUUCAACGGCGAGAACAACAUGCCCGUGUACCUGGCGGUGCGGGGCCGCGUCUUCGACGUGACGCGCGGCCGCAACUUCUACGGGCCCGGCGGGCCGUACGCCAACUUCGCCGGCCGCGACGCCUCGCGCGGCCUGGCCUGCGGCAGCUUCGACGAGGAGAUGCUCACCAAGGACCUCGGCGGCCCGCUCGACACGCUGGCCGAUUUGGGCCGCGACGAGCUCGAGGCCCUGCAGGGCUGGGAGGAAAGGUUCAGCGAGAAGUAUCUCGUUGUGGGCAAGUUGGUGGCCGAGGAAAAGGAAUGA